CGACGACGACGCCUCAAAUCGAGCAACCGCCGCGACGCGAGGAGAAGCCGACCGAAGAGGGGUGGGGGCCGGCCCCACGGAAAACGCCAGCGCGCGUGCGGGUGGUCUAGGAGCGCUGGCGCCGUCGCCGCCAUCAUGGGCUACGGCGUUAGCCGGCAGUCGGUGUUGCGCGGUGAAGCCGACGCUGAGCUGAGCACGGCGCUGACGCCGCGCCAGGCGCAGUUGGUGCGAUCCACCUGGGCAGUGCUUUCGCAGGACCUCGCCGGCACCGGGGUGAUCGUCUUCAAGCGACUGCUGACCCGCUACCCGGAGCUGUGCCGGCUGUUCCGCAAGUUCAUGACCCUUCGCGAGGACGGCAGCUACGAGUGGGACAUGGAAGGGCUGCAGCGGCACGCGCUGCUCGUCAUGCAGGGACUGGAGGCGGCCGUCGAGAACCUCGACGACAGCCGCGUUCUCGCGGACAUCCUCUACGAGCUGGGACGAAAGCACGCCCGCUUCAACGUCCAGGAGGACAUGUUCGACAAGCUGUGGCAGGCGCUGAAGUUUGGGCUGGAAAGCACCCUGCAAGAGCGAUUCAACCGCGAGGUGGCGCAGGCCUGGUUCCUGGUGUUCCGCUUCCUGUCCCGCCGCAUCAUUGAGGGCAUGCACAAAGCCAGGGCAGCUGCACCUCCACCUCAGCAGCAGCAGCAGCCGCAACUGCAACAACAGCCAGCGCCAACCUAGCCCCGUGCCAACUGCCAAAGCGCUGAGAAAAGAAAAUGCCAAAGAACGCAAGGCUUGCACGCUUCUGAAGCUGCGAAGGUGUACCCGACCCCGUGGUUGAGCAAGGUGGCCGCGCAGACGACUGUUGCUUCUCAGACGGACCUGUUUGCCGGCUACGGCCACCGUACUUGUAUGUGUGCUAGCUAAAUCUGCCUUUUUCAUUUUCCUGUGCUGCCCUCUGCUGUUUUGGUAGAGGCCAGGACAGCCGGUAUCGCCCGAACCAUGGCCUCCGAGAUGGCAGGCGCGCGGUCUUUUGCGACUUUUCCACUAUCGGAAAUGCGCAUGCGCCGUGGCAUCGAGAAAAAGGCGGAUUUAGACAGACGACUUCGUUGCCCCAAAGGAGCCUUUCUACCCGUUAACCUGUACCGAGCAGCAUUGGGAAGGUUUAACAAGACAUCAAGCAUUGUAACAGAGUAUUAACAGCUUCCAGAAUUGGAUGAACGCCUUUCUUUUUACCAUGCUUUUAGAGCACAAUCAUGGCAGCUGCGGCGAAGCAAUGCACAAUCUCUUCCUCCAGCAAUAUACGCUACAGACAGUCAUCCCCAACUCUUAUGGCAACUGGUAACACCCUAAAAGAAUUCUAAUAGUGUAUUGCGUUUUACACCCUGAACUGCUACUGAACCAUUGGGCACCGUUAGGUGAGCUCGCAGAUUAAUUUUUUUGACUUGGUGUUCCUUAACGGGCACACAAAUUAGAGUACAUGGGGGGUUUCUGCAUUCGACUCAAUUAAAUGUGCAUAUACAAGCGAACUUGUUUUCAAUGGCUCAAAACCAUAGCACUAAGUCCAUAACACCUCCGUAAUGGUGCAAAGAAAAUACAGAAACCCAAGGUAUAGCUUGUUGUUGUGUGUAUGAUGGCGACUGUAUUGAGCACAGCUUGGAUGCUCAGCCUGAAUGCUCCUUCAGCCAUUAUGCACAACCUGCAAAUGCAGAAUCGGAGAUUACAGACAAACCUACACGACAAUCUCCUUGACACUGGUUCUAUGGUUCCAGCUCAUCACUAGCUGACGUGCAGGUGGCAUUGGCUUCAAGGUGCUCAACAGCCACAUCUGCAGUAACGAGCUUAGAAAAUGUGGUGCCAUUGUAAGUUCAGAGCAACAAUCAACACAGUCAGCUGCUACAAGUUCUUUCUCAGGCAUGCUGGCUGACAACAUAUAUAUAGCGUUAGCAACCAUGAGAAUCGACUGGAGUGCAUUUCGCAUUAGGCCGGUUUGAAGACAAAUCACCACAGGCACACAGGUCUCAAACGUGGAUGCGAUUUCAACAAGCGUCUUUUUUUUUUUCUUUUUCUUGCAACCACAGCAGUACGCUUGGCAACAGCACAAGGGCACUGAAUAUUCAGCAGGACAUAUUCGAAGUCCUCGUGCUUCAAGCCAUUGAUCCAUUCGGCCUUUCUCUGCAGUCUGCUUGUUCCCUAGUUAGUCUGUGUGGUGCAGCAACCACCCAGAAAAGUUGUUGGUCUCGCGUUUGGUGCCAGGAUCAAGAUGAACAUACCUCCAGCUGUGAGGCUUUCUCUUUGUUUUCUUUGUAGCUUUGUAUCACAGGAUGGUGGAUAACAAUUCUCCUUUCAUGAACGUUUCUCUAAUUUGCAGGAAGGCUUCACGAGAACUGUUGUGCCACGUUUGGUAAGCGUACCUUUCCAUUAAACUGCUCAGCUCAAGGUAGGGCCGUCAUUUUGGCAAGCUCCCGAGCUUGUGUGAACACCUCGACGUGGCACUGGGACACACUGGUACGAUGGCCGAAACUGUGCUGCCAUCUGGCGAACUGAAACCGACAUACAAGCGGGUCACACAGGUGGGCAUUCAGCGCGUGCACUCUGCUCCACGGACUUUCGUCUCCCUUGUGUCUCACCGCUAAAAUGCUGGAGUGUCAAUGGCGCCAAGACGGGCAGCUUGAAGUAUGUGUGCCCUGCCUUUGCACAAGUGUCCGCGGCAUCGCGACACGCAAGUGACACCACGUGCGCGUAAUGUAAAGUGUACACUGAUGUCAAGUGUGACGAACGAGGUAUACACGUUUCGCGUAUGGGCGCGGUGUCCAUAACCUGCACACUUGCCAAACCCCGCAGCUAUUCUGCCGUGCUGGUGCUCUUUCCAUUUUUUGUUCUUGUUCCUCACCCUCAUGUGACAUCAUUGAGAUUUGACGUUCACCAGAGUUUUGUAAAAGAAGCCAAGGGAACAUUGUUGUUGUUGUAUGUGCUGUAUGACUGUGUUACGCUUGUCAACUGGUUUCUGCGUAUGAUUCCACUGCAGUGCGUAUCUCAACUGGUUUCUGCGCACUGAUGGGAUAUGUUAAAGGCUGACUGCAACGAAAUUUUAAACAUGCGAAAAGCCUUGUUUUUGACAGUUUAAGAGCAGAGUGGGCCCUUCAUGCAAAAUUUAAAGCCGGAAAUAGACUAGUACAUCAACCGCUAGAAACUUAUAACUAGCAAAAAACAUAGAAAUGAGACGGGACAUUAAAGGCUGAGAAUCGAUGAUUGUGGCAAUCAAGGCACUCAGGGAGCAACGAGCUUUAGUGAAAGGUGCAAUCGUGUGUGCAUGGUUCUGAAAUAUGAAUCCUAUCCGUUCAGCCUUGAACGAAGCUUCUCUGUCUGCUAAAAUGUUGUGCUGUCUGCUAAAAUUUUAUUUAAAGGUAAUUUAAAUGUACUAGAACACCAGACAGUUACCAGCACUGCUGCUUUGGCAAGAUUACUUAGGAGGCAUUCAUACUCAUUUGCAACGAAUUUAGCCAAGGAGAAAUUUCGUUGCAGUUGGUCCUUAAUGGCGCAAGGAAGCUGUUAUCACAUGUCGUGGAUACAAACCACCUUUGCACUGUAAAUGUCAAGGGUGCUAGACUCAUAAAAACUCGUUGGCCAGCUUAAUGUCCGAUAAUGAACUAUAGUGCUACGCAGGGGCAACACUUGGAAAGGCGUUGGUUUUGCCACCGCAACACAAGUUGUUCCGAUGCGAACAUGUCAAUUACAAGAGCUUUAGCCACACCCGAAACAUUUACAGUGUGAAAUAUAUACUGCAGAUCAAUAUGCGCGCAAGCAGAGCCAAAUUAUCAAGCUGUGGCAAUCACCAGGAGAAGGUUUGUAUGUACCUGAUGAAAGAAACCUAAAAUCCACCACCUUUUCAAUUGAACUAGAGAACUUGGCGAAAAAAGUGCCGUCUACGGAAACAAAAGAAAAAGAAGGAACAUCUGUUUCUUGCAUAUUUAUAGACGCGAGCACUGUGAGAAGAGAAAUUACUAUAUAGUGCACCACUACUACUAUUUUGAAAUGCCUCAACGUCUACAAAGUAUAUGACCAAAUACCGACCAUUAUAAUAACAAAGAGCGCACAAAAAUUAAUGUUUCGCACAACAUACCAAAGAUAUGUAUUCUCAAUAAAAGCAUAGAGAAAAAAGAAA